UCAUUUCUCUACACAACUCACCCUUCAAAACACUCCAUCAAAAAAUAUAAAAAAUGGCGUCCCAAAAAAUGCUCCUGAAAAACGCUCUCAUCGUUCUCCUCUUCACAUUGACCAUCUUAGCAGAAACCGCGUUUUCGCAAAACUGCGGUAAAACUGGAUGUAAAGGCAACAUGUGCUGCAGCAGGUGGGGAUAUUGUGGCACUACAAACGCCUACUGCGGCACGGGAUGCCAGAAUGGACCUUGCAAAUCAAAACCUAAACCUACUCCUACUCCCAGCGGUAGCGGCGGUCUAAACGCUGGUCCACGUGGUACCAUAGCAAGCGUUGUCACACCAGCGUUCUUUAACAGCAUCAUGAGCAAAGUUGGAAAUGGUUGCCCAGCCAAAGGCUUCUACACUCGCCAGGCGUUCAUUGCGGCCGCUCAAUCGUUUCCAGCCUACAAAGGAACUGUCGCUAAGCGUGAGAUUGCAGCCAUGUUGGCUCAGUUCUCUCAUGAAUCUGGAAGUUUUUGCUACAAAGAAGAAAUAGCUAGAGGAAGGUACUGCUCACCGAGCAAAACGUAUCCAUGUCAACCGGGCAAGAACUACUACGGUCGUGGUCCCAUCCAAAUCACAUGGAAUUACAACUAUGGUGCAGCCGGAAAGUUCCUUGGACUUCCUCUCUUGAAGGAUCCAGAUAUGGUGGCUCGUAGCCCAACCGUGGCUUUCAAGUGUGCCAUGUGGUUCUGGAACUUGAAUGUGCGUCCGGUUUUGAGCAGAGGUUUCGGAGCCACAACGAGGAGGAUCAACGGUGGUGAAUGCGACGGUGGGCGUCCAGCCGCAGUGCAGAGCAGGGUUAACCAUUACUUGGAUUUCUGCAAGAAGCUUGGGGUCACUCCUGGAACCAACCUCAAGUGUUGAUCUACUCAAUGUGGUUUUUAAGUGUGUGUGUGUGUGUGUUUUAAAGAUUUCAUGUGUCGAAUAAUAAAGAAAAUAAGAGACUACUGGUCAUACACUAUAUGAUGUGUCUUAAGGUAACUAAUAUUGUGUUGUUUGUACAAGUCAUUAUCCAAUAAACAUAUUUCCUUUUUACACAUAAAACA